AUGAUCGCCUUUAUUGAACGUCGACGAGUUGGAAACCCAAUAAUUUUCCCUCGAAUAUCGCCUUUAUAUUCUUUAAAUAAACUUCAAGGAAGUGAUUUUUUAAAAGAUGGAGGGGUGCUUCUUGGUUAUAAUCCAAUGGGAGACUCAAUCGGCUAUUCUUGUACUCAAGUACCGACUUUGAAUGAGACAGUCAGGUACAAUUUCAGUCUUAUCUUCUCAAAGUUUGAACCGCCAUUAAGACUCGAUUUUCAUUCACUUCCUAUUCUUCCACUCCUUGACUUAACACCAUCGCUUCCCCUUCACAUCUUAUUUGAAAAUGUUAACAACAACAACGUCGUUGUGUACCACUACUCUAAUAACACACUCCACUUGUCGAUACUGAGUCUCUCGAAGAACUCAUUUCCGGCGCAUUUCUCGUUGUCACAAGUCACACAACCGUUCUCUGUUUUCAUCUUAAAAAACUCAGUAAAGGUCAUUUCGUCAAGGCACAUCAUCACAAUUCGCUUUACGUGUCAGCCAUUACAAGACUGUGAGUGUAUUACCGCUUCACAAAAUGUAGUCUCUUUGAAUGUCAACGUGACAACUCGAUGUAUCAAAGUGACUGGACUUCUCUUCGACACAACACCAAUAACUUUCAUUUCCAUCGAAACGCCACCUCCCUAUCAUGCAAUACUUCCUUUCAUGACUACAAGAUUUGAAUAUUACACACUUUCUCUCAACAACAACGCCGUUUUAGUCUCCCAUUUCUUCAAUGGUACCCCGACACCACAAGUAAUUCAUUCAACACAUUUCAACACACUUUCCGAGUCACAAAUAACCUUCAAACAGAUGUUACUUGAUCACUACAAAACAGAGAAGAUAAUACACCCAUUGCGGUACAUAUACUCCUUGUCUAAUGCGUCGACAUUUACUAACACCACUGUAGAUGUCAUUAGACAUCCACUUGGUCUUGCAACACUCACAUUUUGA